AUGGGCCCUCCAAGGUUCGAUCAACCCUUCGCAGGCUAUGCUCAACCUCGAGAUCCAGGAUCCCAAAAUGCAGCACGAAACCACUUCAUCGCAGCAACGGGGGAGUUUGUUGGCACAUUCAUGUUCCUCCUCUUCGCCUUCCUGGGCCACACGAUGGCAGUAGACCAGGCACCGGACACUGCACCAAAUGGAGCCAACAGCAGCAUGACCGUGAUCUACAUUGCAAUGGCCUACGGCUUCUCACUUCUCGUCACCGCAUGGACAAUGUUCAGAGUCAGCGGUGGUCUUUUCAAUCCUGCUGUAACGAUUGGCCUCAGUCUGUCUGGACAAUUGCCUUGGACACGAGCUUUGAUUUUCUUGCCGACACAGCUUUUGGCAGCAAUCUGUGCGGCGGCGGUAUGUAGUGGCAUCAUACCUGGGGACAUCGCGACAGUACAGACGACAUUAGCAUCUAAUGUCGGCAUUGCCCAAGGGUUGUUCUUGGAGAUGUUCCUUACCGCCGAGCUCACUUCACGCACAUAUAUCGCACCUGUCGGAAUAGGUCUCGCGCUGUUCGUAGCUGAGAUCGCUGGAGUCUACUACACUGGAGGUGCGCUAAAUCCAGCCCGUUCCUUUGGCCCUUGUGUCGCCGGAGCAUCUUUCCAAGAACAUCACUGGAUAUACUGGGUCGGCCCAUAUCUCGGAGCCAUGAUCGCCGCCGGAUAUUACCACUUCGUCAAAUUCUUCAACUACGAAGAAGCGAACCCUGGCCAAGACAGUGCCGACGGUAAGCACAUCGAUUAG